GACAACUUUAAUUUAAAGUUCAAUGUUUCAUUUCAAUGUCUGUCCGUGCAAUUGUCUUCAAGGCUCAUAAACCCUAGUUUUUUUACCCCACCGCCAAAUUUUUGAUUUUUGUGAAUUUGGGGUUUCGAACUCGAACACUCAUCGAUCUUUCCCAGGACUCGCGCGUCUACUCUAAGUUUGGAGAAGCUUUGAGAUUGCUUCAAACUGUGGCUUUUCUUACUUCUCUUCCACUCAUUUACUUGUUCGGUAAUUAGCUUUUCCCUUUGUUGUCAUGUGUUCUAUGAUUCUCCAUGGAAGAAGAUUGGUACAGUUGCAGAAAUGGCCUAAUUUUAGUGUUUCAGUUCAAAAGUCAACACCUUUGUCCAAUUCCUUCUCUUCUUCCGCUAGUGCUGCUUCUGAUGUUGUGAGUCUUCAAGAUGGUCGUAAAGGUAAGAACUUUACAGUCUCUUACCUCGUUGGUUCAUUGGGUUUAACUACAAAAGUCGCUGAAUCAAUCUCAAGCAAAGUUAGUUUCGAGGAUAAGGUCAAUCCUGAUUCUGUUCUGAGUCUUUUGAGAAGUUAUGGGUUUACUAAAUCUCAGAUCUCAAGCAUCAUUACGGUUUACCCACGAUUGCUUAUAUUAGAUGCUGAGAAGUCCGUUGCUCCAAAGCUUCAGUCUUUGCAGUCUAGAGGAGCUUCAAGCUCUGAGCUCACUGAGAUUGUUUCUAAAGUUCCUAAGAUUUUGGGGAAGAGAGGGCACAAAGCUAUAAGUGUGUACUAUGAUUUUGUUAAAGACGUCAUUGAAGCUGAUAAGAGUUCCAAUUAUGAAAAGUUAUGUCAUUCUUUCCCACAGGGUAAUAAGGAGAACAAGAUUAGAAAUAUUUCUGUUUUGAGAGAAUUGGGUGUGGCUCAGAGGUUUUUAUUUCCAUUGCUCAUCUCUGAUAGCCAACCUGUCUGUGGUAAAGAAAGGUUUGAAGAAUCCCUCAAGAAGGUUAUUGAGAUGGGGUUUGAUCCGGAGACAUCAAAGUUUGUUGAAGCUCUGCGUGUUAUUUACAGAAUGAGCGAUAAGACUAUAGAGGAAAAAGUGAAUGUUUACAAAAGGUUAGGCUUUGGUGUGGCUGAUGUAUGGACGAUCUUCAAGAAGUGGCCUUCGUUUUUGUCAUACUCAGAGAAGAAGAUAACUAAUACGUUUGAAACACUUAAAGGGUGCGGUCUUCUCAAACAUGAGGUUCUGUCACUGUUGAAGAAGCAUCCAAAAUGUAUUUGUUCUUCAGAGCAGAAGAUAGUGAACUCCAUUGAAACAUUUUUAAGCCUAGGAUUCACUAAAGACGAGUUUGUUAUGAUGGUCAAGCGGUAUCCUCAGUGCAUUGACUAUACUCCAGAGACGGUGAAGAAGAAAACUGAGUUUAUUGUGAAGAAGAUGAAUUGGCCACUAGAGGCUUUGGUUAUGAUCCCUCAGGUUUAUGGAUACAGUCUGGAGAAGAGGACUGUCCCAAGGUGUAAUGUUAUCAAAACUCUUAUGUCAAAAGGACUGAUGAGAUACGGAAGUGAAGCACCUCCAAUGUCAUCUGUUUUGACAAGUACCGAUCAGGUGUUUAUAAAGAGGUAUGUGAUGAAGCACGACAAGCUGGUGCCUGAGUUGAUGGGUAUCUUCACUGGAGAAAAUGGGAAAAAGUCAGAAGUCCUACAAUGAGCAGUAUUAAGGUCUGUAUUUGUGUUAGUUUUAGAUUCGUCCAUGAAUCUUUAUGAGGGAGUGAAAUGAGGAGCUUUAUUUAUAGACUUCUGUAAUCUCAAUUUGAUGUGGAUCUGACUCGUUUAAUAUGCAAUCCAACUUGGAAAAUAACAAAAAGUAAUUUUCAAUAUC